UGACCGCGUUUACAAGAUCUUUCAGGACGUUUUAGACCCUUGGCUCUGAUUACGUACUACAUAAAUUGGUCCGUGGAGGCUCGGAAGCCCAGCUGUACCCAGUCUGACCGGGUGCUUCUCGACAGUCCCGCCAUGUGUUGUGGGCUCAGCCUUGCCACCUUGAGACAACUGUAUGCCACCGUCUCAGCAUGUCUCAUAGUGGUGGCCUGCGGGACGUCCUUCGGCUGGAUCGCCCCCACCCUCGUCAACCUGACGUCAGACGACAGCGAGAUACCCAUGACGUCAGCGGAGGCUUCUUGGAUGAUCGCCAUCAUAGAGGUGGGCAACCUCUUCUCACCCAUCCCUGCUGGGCUACUGGCUGACAAGUUUGGACGCAAACCCCUCGCGUUGUCCACCGGGCCCUUCUACAUCAUCUCCUGGCUGAUCAUCCUCAACUUCAAGAACCUCGCGGCUCUCUGCGUCGCCAGAAUAGUCCAAGGUCUGGCGAUCGGCAUUGUGUUCACAGUAAUACCAAUGUACCUUGGGGAAAUCGCCUCCCAACACAUCCGAGGAGGCAUCACCAGUCUUUUCCAGAUAGCUUUCUACUUCGGGUUUCUUUACGAGUACUUCAUCGGACCCUUCGUUUCUUUUGAUGUCCUCGUCAUCAUCUCCAUGCUCCUACCCAUCGUUUUCAUCGGCCUGUUCUUCCUCCAGCCGGAGUCCCCUCACUUCUACAUCAUGAAGGGGAGAGAAGACGAAGCAGAGAACUCUCUGAUGUGGCUGAGAGGUACGACGAAUGUGGAAGACGUCAAGGAAGAACUUGUGGAUAUGAUUCAAACCGUGCAGAAGGAAAUCAGCAAUAAAGCGUCUAUCGGGGACAUCAUAGCUACACCGGCUGAUAGAAGAGCUCUGAUGAUCGUCCAGCUGGUCGGAGGUGUUAAGAUGAUGAGUGGUUUGGCUCCUAUAGUUUCAUACUCCACAGAGUUGUUCAGAAGAACAGGGUUCACACUGAUUCCUCCGUAUGUGUUAACAAUCAUCAUGGGACUGGUGCUUUUCAUCUCGGGCUUCUUCAGCACCGCUCUAACAGAUCUGACUGGUAGAAGGCCUCUUCUUAUCAUUUCCACAAUCGGAUGCGCCUUCAGUCUCGGGUGCGUCAGUCUGUUCUUCUACUACUACGACCACAGCGAUUACGACCUCUCCGAGUAUACUUGGGUGAGCCCGGCCUGCAUCAUCCUCUACAACUUGUUCCUAGCCUUCGGACUGGACCCAGUCUCUAUGACCUAUCGCUCGGAGAUGUUCCCAGCCAAUACUAGAGCAGUAGCCUCUAGCAUCAACACCAUCGUCUUCACCAUCGGCGCCUUCAUCACUCUCAAGCUCUACCAAGUGGUGGCUGACAGCAUCGGUGUCUACUUCAUCUUCAUGAUCUUCUCGCUCACUUGUUUCGUAGGGUCGAUAUGGAUGUACUUUUACGCGAUCGAGACUAAGAACAAAUCUCUUUCGCAGAUCCAAAAAGAGUUGACCAGAGUUACGCAAACAUGCUGAUCCGAGUGUUAAGGCUAUCGAGCUGUGUUAAAGUUAACAAUCUUCCAAGUAAGAUUUCAUCUCAUAAGGUCUGUGAUGUUUUACCUGAGAAAUUUCUUGAGUAUCUGUAUUAAGACUCUUAGGGUAUUAGUAAUCAACUUUAUUUUCCUACAGUUGCCUAAGGAAUUUGUUAUUUAGCAUUGUUUGUAACAUCCAAAAUAUAUGAUUUUCCGCACUCUUUCACUUAGCACUCUCAUAUUUUCUCUGAAUAAUUCUUAAAUCAGCUUUUGAUACUGUUAUUGUUUUUAUUGCAUGUGUUGAUAUAAUUAUUUUCUUGAUGAGAAGUAACAAAGUUAAAAACUACCUUAAAAUAUACAUACUAAGUUUAAAAUGUAUUAUUAUUAUUUCAUGGUAACUGUAGGAAAUGAUGAGUUUAAUUCUAGCACAAAGUAUCUUUGCUUUGAGAAUCUAUUCCAAGGAAUCAACUCCUGCUGCAGUUAGAUUAAAAGUGAGAGCAAUGAGGUAGGUACUUUGGGUAAUAUUUACACACAUAACUAUUUUGUACCAACAGUUUUAUACCAACGUGUUCAAAUGGAAUAUUUGUCUACCUAAAUGAUAUUUUAAAUUCAAAGUAGGUUUUAUUUUAAAAUCUAAGUAGUUCCCCUUAGCAAAGUAUAACAAUAUAUCCCAGCUACAUAUUUUUACUUUUUAUAAAACCAUUUGUUCAUAUUUUUACUGGUUGUUCAAAAUAGAAUGGAGUGUACUUUAAAUGUAUACGAGAGUAAAUGAAGUAAAUACUGUAAACGAUAUACAUUGUUCAAAGAAAGUUACUCUUCAAAUGUAUUUGUUUUUGUAUCAUAACAAGAUAUAUGUUCUUAAAGCCCGUGAGUCAAGAAGAUCGAUAGAACCUACUCGGUCUGCGUAUCCCAUAGGAUAUGUACUAUGAAUACUUAUUCCUACGGUAGGAGUGAGAAUGGCCUUUUUUAAAUGAGUUAGAAAAGGUAUAAACGAAAGCUUCUUCAACUAAUUGCCGAGUAAUUUAAAAUGAAAAACACACAACUCCAUAAUGUCUUAUUACAUUUAGUUGAUUUUUAAAUGGUUCUGUAUAAGCAAGAUAAAUAUAUGUUAUAUUUUAUGUACAUUAUUGUAAAUACUUUUAGAUUUAAUACGUUUUAUUUAAUACGAUAGCUAAAUAAAAUUUGUGCUUUAAAAUAAAACAUUUGA